GCGACGGGCGCCGGGGUCGGGCCGGGUGGAUGAGGCGCGGAGCGGUGCCGCCUCCGCCGGCGGUGAGGACCGGGAGGCGAUGAGGAGCCGCAGCAACUCGGGGGUGCGCCUGGACGGCUACGCCCGGCUGGUGCAGCGCACCAUCCUGUGCCACCAGAAUCCAGUUACAGGGCUGCUUUCAGCCAGUACGCACCAUAAGGAUGCUUGGGUACGGGACAACAUCUACAGCAUCCUGGCUGUGUGGGGACUGGGGAUGGCUUAUCGGAAGAAUGCGGAUCGGGAUGAGGAUAAGGCCAAAGCCUAUGAACUUGAGCAGAACGUCGUGAAGCUGAUGCGAGGACUCUUACAGUGCAUGAUGAGACAGGUAGAUAAGGUAGAGAAGUUCAAACACACACAGAGUACCAAAGACUGUCUGCACGCCAAGUAUAACUCUGCUACCUGUGCCACAGUGGUUGGGGAUGACCAAUGGGGGCAUCUACAGGUAGAUGCAACCUCCCUUUACCUGCUCUUCUUGGCACAGAUGACUGCAUCAGGGUUGCGUAUUGUCUUCACCCUUGAUGAAGUUACCUUCAUACAGAAUCUUGUCUUUUACAUAGAAGCUGCCUACAAAGUUGCUGAUUAUGGAAUGUGGGAACGUGGUGAUAAGACAAACCAGGGCAUCCCUGAACUGAAUGCAAGCUCCGUAGGAAUGGCUAAAGCAGCUUUGGAAGCAAUUGAUGAACUAGAUCUUUUUGGUGCUCACGGAGGGCACAAAUCAGUGAUUCAUGUUCUUCCCGAUGAAGUAGAACAUUGUCAGUCCAUUCUAUAUUCGAUGUUGCCGAGAGCAUCCACAUCAAAGGAGAUUGAUGCUGGCCUUCUCUCUAUUAUUUCUUACCCGGCUUUUGCAGUGGAGGAUAUAAACCUUGUUAAUGUAACCAAGAGUGAAAUCAUAUCCAAACUGCAGGGCCGUUAUGGCUGCUGUCGCUUCCUUCGAGAUGGUUACAAGACACCCAAAGAGGAUCCAAACAGGCUGCAUUAUGAUCCGGCUGAGCUCAAGCUAUUUGAGAAUAUUGAAUGCGAGUGGCCAGUAUUCUGGACGUAUUUUCUAAUUGAUGGAGUAUUUAAUGAAGACAAAAUUCAGGUACAAGAAUAUAGAGAGGCUCUGGAAGGAAUACUUAUUAGAGAAAAGAAUGGAAUAGUUCUGAUGCCUGAACUGUAUGCAGUUCCUUCAGAAAAGGUAGAAGAAGAGUAUGAAAAUCCUCACUCAGUGGAUCGUAUCCCAGCUGGAAAGUUGCCUCAUCUUUGGGGCCAAUCAUUGUACGUCCUUAGCUGCCUAUUAGCAGAGGGAUUUUUGGCUCCAGGUGAAAUUGAUCCCUUAAACAGGAGAUUUUCCACUGGAUUUAAACCUGAUGUUGUGGUUCAAGUAGCGGUUUUAGCAGAAUCUAAUGAAAUUAAGAAUCUCUUGCAAAAACAUGGAAUCAAUGUUCAGAGUAUUGCUGAUAUCCAUCCACUCAGAGUGCAGCCAGCUCGCAUCCUAAGUAACCUCUACACCAUGUUGGGCCGGAACAAGAGCAUGAAACUAAGUGGACGGCCACACCGACACAUUGGAGUGCUAGGUACCUCCAAGCUGUAUGUGAUAAGAAAUCAAAUAUUUGCUUUUACCCCCCAGUUUACAGACCAGCAUCACUUCUAUCUGGCUCUGGACAAUCAGAUGAUUGUGGAGAUGCUCAAGAUAGAGCUGGCUUACCUCACUUCUUGCUGGAGGAUGACUGGAAGACCAACCCUGACAUUUCCAAUCACCCACACAAUGCUCGUUGAUGAUGGUGCUGACAUUCAUCCAGCAGUUCUUGCCACCAUAAGAAAAUUAGAGGAUGGCUAUUUUGGAGGCGCAAGAGUGAAAAUAGGCAAGCUAUCAGAAUUUCUUACCACUUCUUUCCAUACACACCUGAGUUUCCUGGAUCCAGACUGUGAUGUAAAACUCUUUGAUGACCCUAAUGGAGGUCGUUGCAGUCCUGACAGUGAAGAUGGAUACGAAGACUAUCCGACAGACUUCUGUGAAAAGGACAGCCAGGAUGAGCUGGACCAGUAUAUAAAUGAUGUUCUGCAGAGUACAGCACUGAAGUCAUACCUGCCUCCAACUUCAAAGGCUGCUGAUCAACCUCCUGUGUUCAGUGCAAACCAUUCUACACGAGAGAUACUGUCAAUAAUGGCCAAGGCAAAGGGCUUGGAGGUUCCAGCUGUUUCCAUGUCUCUUCCCACUAAAGUUCUGAACACACAUCGGAAGUCUCUGAAUCUUGUUGAUAAUCCCCACUCUUUUGAGACAAAGGGUUGUGAAAAUGUUUUGCACUUACCUAAAGAUGCUCAUGGUGAUUUAGAUUGCAGGAAGCUCGUUGAACAGCUGAAGGCAUGUCCAACGCUCCAUGAUCAAGCAGAUAUCUUAUAUGUCUUGCAUAUAUUAAAGGGUCCUGAUUGGGAUACAGAGCUAAAUGGACAAUAUGGUGUCACUGUUCAUUGUCUGCUCAAUGAGCUCUACAGAAAGGCAGGCCUCAAUCAAGAGUGGGGCUUAAUCCGUUAUAUUUCUGGUAUACUUAAAAAGAAAGUGGAAGUCCUGGCUGAGGCUUGCACAGACCUUCUGUCACACCACAAGCAACUGACAGUGGGCCUGCCACCAGAACCACGUGAGAAAACCAUUACCACCCCAUUGCCACCUGAGAAGCUCACAGAUCUUAUUUAUGAAGCCAGUGGCCAAGACAUCAGUAUUGCAGUCCUGACACAGGAAAUGAUUAUGUAUUUGGCAAUGUAUGUCCGGUCUCAGCCUAGCCUUUUUGCAGAGAUGCUCAGACUCCGCACUGGACUGAUAAUUCAGGUGAUGGCCACUGAGCUGGCUCGGAGUCUCAACUGCUCAGGUGAAGAAGCUUCAGAGAGUUUGAUGAAUCUAAGCCCCUUUGAUAUGAAAAGUCUCCUACACCAUAUUCUGAGUGGAAAAGAGUUUGGUGUGGAAAGAAGCUUGCGACCUGUAGAUUCCUCUUCAUCUAGCCCUGCAAUUUCUAUUCAUGAAAUGGGACAUUCUGGAGCAACCAAAACAGAAAGAAGUGGUAUUACUAAAUUGAAGAGUGAGAUGAAGCAGAGGGGCAGUACUCCACCAUCUCCCACUAGUAUUUCUCCCACGGGCUCUGAUGGAGGCGUUAGUUGGCGUAACCGCCAAGGGCAGUGGCUCCGCAGGAGAAGGCUUGAUGGUGCUAUUAAUAGAGUUCCUGUUGGCUUUUAUGAGAAAGUGUGGAAGAUUCUUCAGAAGUGCCAUGGUCUGUCCAUUGAUGGGUAUGUCCUUCCUUCUUCAACUACCAGAGAGAUGACCCCGUGUGAAAUCAAGUUUGCUGUGCAUGUGGAGUCAGUGCUGAACCGUGUAUCCCAGCCUGAGUACAGGCAGCUCUUGGUGGAAGCUAUUCUCGUUCUGACAUUCCUGUCUGACAUCGAGGUGAACAGCAUCGGGGGCAUCAUCCACAUGGAUCGAAUAGUGCACAUGGCCAAUGACAUAUUUCUGCAGGAACAGAAAUCAUUUGGAGCUACAGAUAACAUCUUGGAGAAAGACAUAGCCACAGGAAUUUGCCACUUUUUCUAUGACAGUGCUCCAAGUGGGGCCUAUGGAACCAUGACGUACCUAACGAAAGCCAUAAUUACUUAUUUACAGGAUUUCCUGCCUAGCACAGGUUGCACGAUGCAAUAGGCAAGGACUUGUGAGGGAGGGAAAAAUGAGCUCUUUCUUCCCCUUUCCCUGUGAUGAACCUCUUGUUUAGGUACGUUGUUGCUGUACGUAUGUCCAUGCACUACCUCAGCAUUUUAAACUGUUCAUCAUGUUACAUGCAUGCUUACCUGCAGGAGACAGGUAGGUGGAAUUUGGCCUAUUUUUAAGGGAGUACCUGGGAAAUAUACACAUGAUAAGGCCUAUUCUGCCAAAUGUGCAUAAAUGUAAUUCAUAUUAAAUUAGCAAGAAUUAUACAGCUCUGCCAACAGGAAAAUAGAUUACUCUGUGGAGAUCAAAAGGCAUAAUAAAAUGAGGGAGCUAUAUCUCGAGCGUAAUGUCUUUCAAAGAAGGAAAGCAAUGGAAUUCAUUAAUUUUUCUCCUGCUAUCUGUAAAUUUACAUCAUUGCGAAUCACUAAUGCACAGUGUGAAUAACCCAGGGACAUUUAAAUUAAAGAAAUAGGAAUAACUUGAAAUAAACAGGUGAUAUUUCAAUACAGGUUUAUCCUGAUCCUCAUCUCAUCUGCACCUAGUUAGUGCAGGGCUACUGCCAGUGAAGACAAAUGUCUUACAAUAUUCACAAAUUUGAUGUGAUAGCCUCUCUGUGGAAGCAGCAUUUCUCUUUUAAUCUGAACAAAAUAGCUUCCUUCCUUUCAUCCCCUAAAGCUUUGGAGGCAAAAUCUCAGACUCCAACUUCGGCAAAAUCUCAGACUCCAGCUUCUGCAAGGUCACAGACAAUUUUAUGCUUGUGAUUCUUUUCACUGAAUGGAGAAAGAUAAACCUCUUCCACUCAAACAUCCUUUUCAAGUCCGGAUCCUUUCCCUUGCGGAUAGCCUCAGAGUUAAGUACAGCAUAACUGACAUGCUUCCAGCACAGGGUGAAUUUAUGGGAGGCUUUGAUGUUUUUUUUUGUUUGUUUGUUUUGUUUUAUUUUUUUCCUUUAAGAUGCACUUGUCACACGCAGUUAGGGAUGGGCUCUGCAGUUAGAGGUCUCCCUUCAGACAGCUCCCAGGCUACUGCUUGUGGCUACCCUGAGCCCUUACACAUGACCUGUACAAAUUUGUCAGGCAGGAGGUGCAAGACUGCAGCACUUGCCCUGUGCAGCAACUCCAGCUGGGCCUGAGGAGAAGAUGUCAGGUUGUGUGCGAGUGUGUGUGUGAAGAGUGCCCACGUAGAAAGGGCCUUGAGUCCACUGAAAACUAGUCUCUGCUGCUCCUUUAAGACACUUUAAGGAGAACAGGGGAACGUCCUGCAGGGAAAUGGCGCUAUGGCCAUAUAAACUGAAAGUAAAAGUAAACUGCCUCUGGAGGGAAAAAGCCCACUUUCCCCCAAGCACCAUCUGUGAUUUUCCACCUCUUCCCUUUACUAGCACUGUUGUUUUUACCACCGCACAGAACUGAUUUGGCUCCUUCAGCAGAGUUAGAGGUACUGGCACAGCUGCUCUGUGCACUGAAAGGAUCAGAAUGGGUCUGGCUUGCCAGGUAGGAGGAAAAGAGCAGGUAAGGCAUAAAAAAAGGUAAGCAGAACCUGUGCUUUUAAGCCUUGUAGGCAUGUUUCUGUGAGACUCUCCUCUACUCUUGCAAGACGUAACUGCUGUUUUUCAGGAUUUUAAAACACUGGUUUUGUUUUGUUUUCAACAGUAGUAGGUGGUGCUUUUGAAAGGAAGUUCUUUGAUUCCAGUUUCAGUGCUUAUUCUGAUAUCUGAAGCAGGGAAAUAAAUCCAUGUCUCACUUGCCAGUGGCUGGUAGCCAUGGUCCCAGGGAACCUGGGCUUCAGGUAUCAGUCCUACCCCUCUCGCAGUCUUUUUACAGAGUUGGCGCUGCUGUUGCAACAUCUAGACAUUUGAUUGAGCAGUGAGGGCAGAGCAAUAGGUAUGGAAGGCUUUUUUUAGGGGACAGUUUAGAUUCCCAGAGUGUGUGUGUGUGUGUGUGUGUGUUGGUCCAAGAAACUAGCAACAUGCAUCUCACUAGAGGUACUUAUGCUCUCAGAGAGACAGUUACUGUGUUAACCACCACAAAAACUGUGGCCCUACGGAGAUGUUAGUAUAAAGAUGUGGUUCAAAUGUGAUUAGUACACGUGGAUGUGGAAGACAUUUUACUGACGUUGUGUCUAUUUUGAAUGGUUUUGCUUUGAUUAUGCUUCUUGGGGUAUUUAUAUGUGAUCUGAGAGAUCACUUAGAUUGUUUAUCGGUAAAUGAAAAUAAAAUCCUUUGUAUAAUAUAAGCAGACAAGGCUUACAGUGCAAAAACACAAGCACAUCAAAGCCUGUGUGACAAUUUCUGGUUCUAUUCAGUAUUAUGUGAAAUGUAUUCAAACAUCACUUCCUCCAAG